AUGGACUAUCGAUGGACCAAUGGGAGGCAGGAAACAGGUGGCCGUGACAGGAGGCAAUCUAAAAGGGAACAGGCAUAUACGGACUCUCUUAUUGAGGAUUUGUCAGAGGAUUUCCGCUUGCCAAUCAACCACAGGCCAACAGAAAAUGUUGAUCUGGACAACGUAGAGCAAGCAUCUCUGGACACACAGUUAACAUCAACUAAUAUUGGCUUUAAGCUUCUCCAAAAGAUGGGAUGGAAAGGAAAGGGUCUUGGGAAGGAUGAACAAGGAAUCACUGAGCCAAUAAAAUCUGGGAUUAGAGAUCCAAGACUUGGAGUUGGUAAGCAAGAAGAAGAUGAUUUCUUUACUGCAGAAGAAAAUAUCCAGAGAAAAAAACUUGAUGUUGAGUUGGAGGAGACAGAAGAACAUGUGAAGAAGCGGGAGGUGUUAGCUGAACGUGAGCAAAAAAUUCAAACUGAAGUGAACGAAAUCCGGAAGGUGUUUUAUUGUGAUCUCUGCAACAAGCAAUACAAAUUGGCUAUGGAGUUUGAAGCACACUUGAGCUCUUAUGAUCACAAUCACAGAAAGCGAUUCAAACAAAUGAAGGAAAUGCAUGGUAGUAGUAGUAGAGAUGAUAGGCAAAAGAGAGAACAACAGCGUCAGGAGAGAGAAAUGGCAAAGUUUGCUCAAAUUGCUGAUGCUCAAAAGCAGCAGCGGCUUCAACUGCAACAAGAGUCUGGAUCAGGAACAGUGUCCUCUGAGUCUAGAACUGCUACUGCCCUUACAGAUCAGGAGCAGCGAAAUACUUUGAAGUUUGGGUUUUCGACUAAAGGCAGUGCUUCCAAGCAGAUAACAUUUGGUGCCAAGAAACAAAAUGUUGCAAAGAAGCAAAAUGUUCCCAUCUCGUCUAUAUUUAAUAAUGAUAGUGAUGAAGAAUAA